AAAUGGAAGAAGUUCUGGGGUGUCCUGUCCCGGGAAAGCUCCUGCUCCAGCGCCCGCCUGGAGCUGUUCGAGGGCUCCUCUCCCCCCGAGAAGCCACGCAGGGGGGAGGGCAGCAAGAGGCUGGUGAAGCUCAGCGACUGCGUCCAUGUGGUGGAGGCCAGUGGAGAGACCUGCUGCCCCAAAGAGACCACCCCCUUCCUGCUGGAGACCACCGAGAAGAGGUACCUGCUGGCUGCUGAGGGCGCGGAGGCAGCGGACUGGAUCCAGAAGCUGUGUGAGCUGGCCUUCCCGAGGAGAAAGGAGGAGCUGGCAGCAGGGAGCUCCUUGGGGACUGAGGGCUUGUUCUCCAUGGAGGAAAAUUCCCUCUACGGCUCCAGGGGCAAAGCUCCCCUGGAGCAGCACUUCGAGGUGUCGGUGAGGAGCACCGAGUCCUCGCGGCGCUGCCGGCUGCGCGGCCGCUGCCUCCUGCGAGCCGGGGAGGAGGCCCUGGAGCUGCGGGAUCCCCACACCUUGGAGACCCUCUACACCUGGCCCUACCCCUUCCUGCGCCGCUUCGGGUGGGACAAGAGCCGGGGGGUCCUGCAGACCCCAAGUACCCUGCUCCUCAUCCAGACAAAGCUUGGGAACCCCAGAUUUGCAUCCUUUGAACCCCCAUGCACCCUGAGGGAAGGCCCCCGGCUGGAUUGA